AUUUUUUUAGUCCGUCGGGAAAUAAUGGGAAGCGAACGGAGCCCCAAGGAGAAGAAGAGAAGCAGAGCUCGGAGCGAAGAUUCUUCAUCUUCCGAUUACGAAGGGAAAGUUAAGAGGCAUCGAGGAACAGAGAAAGAUGAUGAAAGGAGAAGUAGGAGAAGUGAGAAGAAGGAUAAGAAAUCUCACAAGCACCACAAAUCCAGUUCAUUGAGUGGUGGUGCGUUCAUAGUUCUACCAUCAAAGAAGUCCAAGGAUGAUAAGCCGAAAAAGAAACAUGCAGAAGGCGACCACAAGCUAAAAGAGGGGAUUCCAGAGCUAUCAAUGGAGGACUACUUCUCGAAGAACAACGAAUUUGCUACAUGGCUGAAAGAAGAAAAGCGUACUUACUUUAAUGAUCUCACUACCGAAGCUGCACGAGAAUUGUUCUCACGUUUUGUCAAGAGAUGGAACCGAGGGAAACUCGAAUCUCGAUACUACGAGGGAAUCUCCACUGCCCCACGAACAGCUCACAACUGGAUGAUCAAGCAUAGGUGAAAAAAGCAAUACCUUCCUCUACCGUGGUUCGUCGGUUACCUCUCUUCUUGCUUCUUGUACACUUGCAGGUUGAUAUAUCUCUAUCUAGUUACUCUACCUAGACCUCUUGUUGCAGAACUAGUUAGAUAGAUUGUCGUGGAGAGAUAUGUAGUCGGUUUUCAGAGUAAGAAAAACUUUACAUAUCC